UCGAAAUUUGCGAGCUUUCAACAUGGACCAACCCCGGAGCUCGCUCAAGCACGCGCGCGUCAUCUUGGUGAAGAUCGGGACGGAGGUGGUCAACUCUCCCGAAGGUCUCUUGGCCAUGGGCAAGAUCGGGAGCAUCGUCGAACAGAUCGCGCGGAUGCAUAUGCAAGGGAAGCAGAUCAUUCUGGUGUCCAGUGGCGCCGUCGCGAUCGGACGCAUGGUGCUCAAGCGCCAGCAGAUGCUGUCAGGGUCGAUGCAAACCCAUUUGAAGGGGUAUAACCCAACGCGUGGGUCGCUGAAUCCGAAAGCAUGUGCUGCUGCAGGGCAAAGCGGUAUGCAGUCGCUGUACGAAGUUCUGUUUUCCCAGUUCCACUUGGCAUGCUCUCAAAUCUUGACGUCCGACACAGAUUUCCAAGUCCCCCAGAUUCGCGAAAACGUCAAACAAACGAUCUUGUCAUUGCUCCAAGUUGGAAUCAUCCCGAUCGUCAACGAGAACGACGUUGUGUCCCAACGAAAGGUGCCUUUGACCGACUCCACGAACCGCGUGGCAUGGGACAACGACUCGUUGGCGUCGCUUGUGGCGCAGGAGCUCGGCGCUGAGCUGAUGCUUCUUGUCACGGACCUUCCUGGCCUCGCUGAUGCUCGUGGUGCGGUCGUGAGCGACUACGACCCUCUAAUGCCCAUCCAAUUCGGCACAACAUCUCAAGUCGGCCCACAAGGCCAACUCGAUAAAGUUUUGGCGUGCGUUGAAGCCAUCAAUAGUGGAGUUGUUAAGGCGGCAGUGAUUCUCCCUGCAGCGCCAAACAGCUUGAUACAUGCAGUCGAGGGCCAGCGCAUUGGCACUCUCUUCUACGGCCCUGCACCACUUCCCCGUCCUGUUGUUGAUGAAGGGACCCAGCUCCUCAGGACAAGUAAGCUAUAACAGCAGUUGGCGUUGUUCUGGCGUCCUCUGUGCCGGCGUGAAUGAAUUCCCACACGAAAUCUUCUG